UAAUUUCAUUUCGUUUCAGAGAAAACAAAACUUGCACAGUUCUCAGAAUCUCCUCUCCUUCUGUUUGUCUCUUUUUGCUCUCAGUGUGUGACUGUACGAAAAAAUGGCAGAGGUUGGUAUUUCAGACCAGAAUCAGUUAAUCUGUCCAGUGUGUCUGGAUAUUCUGAAGGAUCCUGUAACUAUUCACUGUGGGCACAAUUUCUGUAAGGUGUGUAUUAAUGGAUUCUGGGAUCUGGAGGAUGUAAAGGGUGUCUACAGCUGCCCCCAGUGCAGAGAGACUUUCUCUCCAAGGCCUGUUCUACGCAGGAACAACAUACUGGUUGAAAUGAUGGAGAAACUGAAGAAUACUGAACUCCAAGCUGCUUCUCCUGCUCACUGUUACGCUGGACCUGGAGAUGUGGGGUGUGAUUCCUGUAUUGGGAGAAAACGCAAAGCCACUAAUUCCUGUCUGGUGUGUCAGGCAUCCUAUUGUGAAGAUCAUCUUAAACCUCACUAUCAGUCUCCUGCCUUUAAGAAGCACAAGUUAGUUGAAGCCUGUGCAGAGCUCCAAGAGAAGAUCUGCUCUGAACACGACAAACUGAUCGAGAUCUUCUGUCGUACUGACCAAAGCUUCAUCUGUUAUUUGUGUACGAUGGAUGAACAUAAAGGUCAUGAUACAGUUUCAACUCAAGCAGAAAUAAAUGAAAAACAGAAUGAGCUAAAGGAGGAGCAGAUGAAAUCCCAGCAGAGGAUCCAGGAGAAGCAGAAGGAGGUGCAGGAGCUGAAACAGACUGUGGACACUAUUAAGAUGCAUUAUCAGUCAGCAGUAGAUGACAGUGAGAGGAUCUUUACUGAGAUAAUCAGAUCCAUGAAGAAAAAGUGCUCGGUGGUGACGGAGGUGAUCAGAGCUCAGGAGAAAGCUGAACUGAGUCGAGCUGAACGACUCCUGAAGCAACUGGAGCAGGAGAUUGCUGAUCUUCAGAGGAGAGUCACUGAGCUGGAGCAGCUUUCACACACACACGAUCACAUCCACUUCCUCCAGAGUUUCCCGUCUCUCUGUGUUUCUCCUGGAUGUGACGACUCACCCAGCUUCACUGUCAAUCAACAUCUCUCAUUUGAUGGAGUGAGGAACUCUCUCUCAGAUCUGAAAAAACGAGUCGAGGAAACUUUUGAGGAGGAAUUCAGCGUAAUUCGUCCGCAAGCUGCAGCAGUUCACAUGAUUUUACCCUCAGAACCAAAGAGCAGAGAAGAUUUUCUGCAGUAUUUCUGUUAUCUGACUCUGGAUCCAAACACAGCACAUCCUAACCUCAUUCUGUCUGAGAAGAACAGAGCGGUGACACGCAGUGGGACAGAACAGAGAUACUCUGAUCAUCCAGAGAGAUUUGACCCCAGGUGUCAGGUGUUGUGUAAGGAGAGUGUGUGUGGACGCUGUUACUGGGAGGUGGAGUGGAGGGGUGGUGUGUUCAUAUCAGUCUCAUAUAAAGAGAUCAGCAGGAAAGGAGUGGGUGGUGAGUGUGGGUUUGGAUUCAACAGUCAGUCCUGGAGUCUGUGGUGUUUUUAUUCCUCUGUCUAUUUCUGGCACAACAACAUUCAGACUGUUCUCCGAGGUUUAUCAUCCUCCAGAAUAGGAGUGUAUGUGGAUCACAGUGCAGGAACUCUGUCCUUCUACAGCGUCUCUGACACGAUGAGGCUCCUCCACAGAGUCCACACCACAUUCACUCAGCCUCUAUAUGCUGGGUUCUGGAUGUGGGGUCCUGACUCAUCCGUGAGGUUUUGUGAUCCGAUGAAAAAAUGAAAUGGUAAAAGUUGAAAUGUUUAGUAAAAUUAUAACUGAGGUGUCAGAUUGAAUUUCUCCCUGAAAUACAAAGAUACUUUUGUGUGCAGAACUGUGGCACUAAUGAAUUAUUAUUUUCAAAGUGCUUCUGUUUUAUAGAUUAAUUCUAAAUAAAUUACAUACAGUGGUGCUUGAAAGUUUGUGAAAACAGGGUGCCCACUCACACCUGAUUGUCAUCCCGUUGAUGGAAAACACCUGACUCUAAUUUCACCUUCAAAUGAACUGCUAAUCCUAGAGGUUCACAUACUUUUGCCACUUGAGGAUGCUGAGUUUUUCAGCGAUGUUCCCAUUAUCUUCCAGCAGCUUCAGUACAGGAUCUGAGCCUCGAACGUACUGCAGCACACAAACGAAUCACGCUAAAUGAACUUGUUCAUGAAAUACAGAAUUUACUUCCUCAGCUCAAACACAGUCAAUCAUCUGUGUGUCUGUAAUGUAGCUACAGUUAAGGGAUGCAUCAUGACUUCAUCACUUGCCUUAAAAGACAUGAUUUAAUUCUGUAAGGAUAAAAAAUUCACAGAAUGAAAAAGUUACACUGGAUAAUCCUUCCAUAAAAUGUUACAUAAACGUCUCCUUACUUUAAGAAAACUUUGCCAUAUCAGUGAUUUGAAAACAGGAACCAUGGUGAAAUAAAAACACUGCUGUAAACAUUUGAUAAGUCAAGCCACUUUAUGGAUACCCCCUUUCCACCAAUGCGUACCAGGUCAAAUCAAGUUUAUUUUUUUUGGUCAAGUUUAUUUAUUUAUUUUGUUAAGU